UCACAAGGUUGGACUCAAAGGUCAAAAAAAUUUCCUUCCACUGCCACAAAUAUUCAAGAUGUCGAAAAUGCCACAAGUGCUACUUAUCCUCUGUUUUGCUGGGGCAGCAAAUGCCCUUUACAAACAGUGGAUUCCUAAUACCAACUACGAGAAUAAGACCAACUGGGAUAAAGGAGAUGUUCCGUGUGGCAGUGACAUAGUCCAGUUUUCAUCUCAGAGGAAGGUGUCUGUGUUUGUGGAGACCAAUCACGCCGUGCAGGAGAUGAUGCUACCGAUGGAUGGAGAGAUUAUUCUGAAUUCGGGAGCUGGUUUUUAUGUUGUCGCCGGACAGGACCCAGAUUGUGGAACAGGAGUGAAGACCAAGUUCAAAAACUCAGAGGCUCUGCAAUGGCUUAAUCCAACUCUGUGGCAAACAGCUGCCACUCAGAACGACCUGCUGGACGGAAAUUUCCUCUUCUCUGUGCAUGAAGAGAUGGUCCCUUGUCAGCAGGAUGAUGUUGUGUUCAAAGCCCUCUCCUCCUUCCGCGUGGACACCAGCUCCAACCAGAACACCAUCCCUGUCAAAUCUUUGUCUGUGCUGGGAAAGGUAUUUGAAAGCAAAUCUGAGUUCUCAGAGUAUCUAAGCUCAGAUUCAGGGCAGCUGCAGUUUCAUGGGUCAUCAGCUGUCACCGUUGGCAACCCAGGUUGUGGGGAUCCUACUGGCUGUGACUGUGGGAACUCUGUCAAUCAUGAACGUAUCUGCAGUGCAGUAACCUGUGGCUCUUUGAGGUGUGAGACCCCCCUGCUUCCUGUUGGACACUGCUGUGAGGUGUGUGGUGCCGUUGUUACCAUCCAUUAUACUGAUGGCUUCAACCUGCAGAACUACAGAGAACGAAUCCGUCACCUUUUUCUCAUACUUCCACAAUACAAGUCCAUUCAGCUGGGCAUGUCUAAAGUCUUGAAGCCACAGCAAUUGAUGAGAAUAAUCCCCUAUGGAUCAUCCCCUGAAAUACAGGUCGUUAUUCUGGAUGGAGAGACAGGGAAGCUAUCAGAAGCUCUGGCUCAGGACAUGAUCCAAGAUAUCAAAGUUCAUGGCUCCAAAUUGGGAAUAACAGGAGCUGACAUUCAAGCAAGUAGUGAGCCUGGAAGCAAUGCAGGGACUGUGGUUGGAGCUGUGUGUGGAGUUUUACUUGUGAUUGCACUUGUAGUGAUUGUGGUUGUGCUAAUCCGUAAGGGAGUUGUACAGAUGCCUCCACUGCCCUCAAUGCCUGCAAUGCCCUCAUUGCCAACUCUAAACCUCUUCAAGAGGAACAUCAACGUUGAUGACGACCUCAAUGGGGCCAUUGACCGUGGAUUUGACAACCCGAUAUUUGAUAAGCCUGACAUGCUAAGUAACAUUCCCGGUGUGAGCAGCACCGAUUCCAUCAUCAUCACACAGACCGGAGUUCAUUUUGUGAAUCCAGCGUAUGAUGAGAAUGAAACCGACUUUACAGUUUAAAGUAGAUUUUUCACACAGUUUCCUGAUUAAAUGUAAGCAUGCACUUAAAAUAUACAGAAUGAUCAUAGAUUUUAGUAUUAUCAAACUGAUCAUGUAAUAGUGCUGUACAAGGAGUUUAAUUAAUUAAAGCAAAAUAUAAAGAGAAAAAGUGACAUUGUGAGUUAUUGUGUUU